UCUGGCUAGAAGUGCUUUCUAGCUAGCUCAUCUCCUGGUGCAAUGCAGCUCAUUUUGACUUCGACGUUUUUGCUCCUGGCCGUCGCCAGGCCGUUCCACAGCGGUCACCAGUCCCUUGCUGUGGAUCUGGUGGGGCGUUCUCCAAAGGCCUGGCUCUAUGGAGGUGCUCCAGGACCCAAGUGCCAUGACAAGAAAGUGGUGGACUCCGGCAGCGACAAGUUUGUGCAAUGCCCCAAAGAUUGCCCCAUCUAUGCGGACGACCGUGCUGAUGGCAUCGACUGCAACUUCGAGUGUGUGGAGGCCACCCCCCAAAGCUUGCUCCGCCGUGAACCCCAAAGAGCCCGUGCCUGAUGCGGAACGUGGAAUUUGCCGUGCCUGCAUCAUCUAUGGGUGCAAGACUUGCACUACUGAAGGCCAAGACACCUGUGCCGAGUGCACCUCCGGCUACCGGCUCACGGCCGAUGGGAAAUGCGAGAAUGCCAACAUGAUGUACUGGUAUGCUCUCUUCGUGACCUUGGGACUGAUCACAGCCUUCAUCGUGGCCUGGAUCGUGGACAUUGCCUGCCGUCCCUGUGUCAAUGUGCAGGGAUUGAAGGGAGCGCUCAAUGCUCGAUCCCGCUCCAAGGUGCGAAUGCCCAAGGAGACUGGUUCCUCGGAGGGACGAGAGCUCUAUCCUCUUGACACCAACCUUCUUAAGACACCUGUCGCAGGUAUUGGCGUGCAACUCCACUUCAACUUUCAGUUUUUCCUCAUCGUUUGGUCCUUGGCCAUUGGCCUUGCUUGGCUUGUUUUAGCGCUCUCUGUGGAUGAUGCCUUGAUGAUCCUGGGAACACGAAGGGCGAAGACAGCACGACAGAAUUGCAUCUUGGUGGCCUGGGGUUUUGAGACCCAGAUGCGCCUCAUGUGGACCAAGAUUGACUUUGUAGUGGCUGCUUACAUCCUGACCUUUCUGGCAUGCCUUGGCUUUGCGAUCCGACAGCUUCGAAUCUUUCAGAAGGUGGAUAUGCAAAAUUCCACGCACAAGGACUAUGCCGCGCGUAUCAGGAACCUGCCUCUCAUGGAUGGAACCCAGCCUGUGGAGGAGGAAUUGAAGAAGCGAUUGGAGGAGGCCACUGGACAGAAGGUGGUGGGUGUGUCAGUCUGCUGGGACUUCCAAGAGCACGAAGAUGAGCUUCUGGAGUUGAUUGAGAGCAAGCUCGUGGAGAAAGAGGAAAAGCUUCACCCAAUGCCCGAAGAUCCAGAUCAACCAGAGCCUCAGAGCUUCUUUGCUCGCAUGGAGCGUUCCAUGUUGGCCUCAGAUGCUGAACGUGUGGUGGCGAAGGGCGAGAUGACUGAGGAAGAGAAGCAAGUGGCUAGGCAAGAGGCUGCAGCUCAAGCAGCCAAUGAGGAGGAGGUCAUUGAAGAAUGCAAGGAGGUGGAUGUCAUUGGCAUCCUGAAGAGCAUCAAAACUUGCCCGGAUGCCUAUGCUAUUUUCCAGACUGAAGCAGCUCGUGAUGCCGCUGUGGAAGCUUCUUUGCAGAGUGGGGGCAUCGAGUUUGGUGGCAAUACCUUGAAACUGAAUGCCUCCCGUGUUGAACCCCAGACCGUGAACUGGAAGAAUUGCGCGAACACCGACAUCACCGUUAAGGCCAAGCGCAUCAUCAUGGGCUUCUUUAUCAUGUUGGCUGGCUUGGGGCUUUGGGUCGUCGCAUUCUACCUUCCAUAUGCUUGGUUCACCUUGACCUUCAACUACUCCUAUGGCCAAGAGCCCGGCUUUGUGGCUGGUAUGACCUUCUCCAUGGUCGUGGUUGCAGGCAACGCACUCAUGUACUUGGUGUGUAGUGAGGUUGCAGACCGUACCCGCUUCAUCUAUGUGGACGACCGAGAGGUGUGCUACAUGCUCCUCUAUUGCUUUGCGUGUGUCUUCAACGUUGCCUUGGAUCUGAUUACUACCUACAUGGUGGCCUACCGCAUCAACGUUGGCUUGCGCAUGAAGACCUAUGAUGGGACUUUGCUUGAGAACCUCCAGCACUUUUCCGAUCGCUUUGAGUCCUACGCGAUGCAGCGCACCUUGGCCAACAACCUCUAUGCCUACGCAUUCCCAGCCACUUUCCUUAUCCCCUUCUUGAUUGAGCCAGUUGCCACAAUCUAUGCGCCCUACAAGAUGAUGCUCGCAAUCGUCCGCACUCAACCAUCCAUGAAGGGAUUCAUGGCCGAGCGUUUGUUGGGGUCUUUGGUCUUUGACCUGUCCCGCUACGCCGACCUCAUGUUGGAUGUGAUGAUUGCCGUCCUGAUCUUCUUCUUCCCAGGAGGCUUCAACAUCCAGAUGUUCGUUGGCUUGGCAGGAUCGCAUGUUUACAUCUACUUUUUUGACCAUUACCGUGUCUUGCGCUCCAUUCAAAGCUGCAACUAUGCGGACAAGAUGGUAGACUGGUGGAGUCAGUGGAUGAUGUGCAUUCCUUGCGGCUUCAUGCUGGCUUGCGUGGUCUUCAAGGCCAAUUGCCAACCUGGCUACCCAUGUGUGGAUGGCAACACGAUGAUCACCGGAAUGGUGGUGGCCUUCUUUGCUCACAUCCUUCUUCACACCCUGACCUUGAAGUUUGUCGUGCCCAAAUUUGGCCUGGUUGGUGAAUCGGAUGGAGCUGAAACCAACACCUAUCAAGAUUGCUCCAGGCGCAUUGCUUGCUCUUGGUUCACCGCGAAUCCGAUCUACUGUCUGCGAUCUCAGUACAUCUACCAGCACAACCCCCCUUGCGUCUUCUGCAUCCCGGGCAAGGAGCACUUGAUUGAGACCAAUGAGGAGAUUGGCCUGUACUUCAACGAUUGCCCUGCCAAGGAGGAAGACUUUGAUGCUCCCCAUGUGGAUGUGGAUGCAGUGAAGGCCAAUCUGCAGGAGCUGAAGGGCAAGGCUAGUGAGCACUUUGAGGAGAUGAAGGGCAAAGCGACGGAGCAGUUCGAGGA